GCCGAGGUCGAGAAGACAUCGUGUGCGAGAAAAUACCGGCAUAUCUACCGUGUUAGGAACAACGUUUUUUGCAACAGAUGACGGAAAUCAACUCUUUCUAAGCGAAAUGAUUAAUUUAUUUGGAACAUUUUGUCGUUUUAUAAUAAUUUUCACUUGAACCACAACUCGACCAUAAUGUGAUAUAAUCAUUUUACACUAUUCCGAUCGCAGCAAUCCUUUAUUUUAUGCUGACGGCGUUGUAGCUGCGACAACGUCGUUUUAUUUCAGUGUAAAUCAAACGACGCGAGGUGUGAGUCAUGGCGGACAGCAACAGCGAAAAUAAUCAGAUAAUAAUUGAUGCAGAUAUUGCAUUCAGCGAUGAAUCGGAAUGCUCAGAUAUUGAGCGGUCGGCCGCAGAGGCUAUUGAAAAAACUUUGCCGAAAAAAUCCAAAUUGAAUUAUGAAAAGGUGUACAAAAAGUUUUGUGGUUGGUGUGAAGAAAAAAGAGUGAAAGUCAUUUCAGAAAACGUGAUGUUGUGUUAUUUCAACGAAAAAUCGAAGAUUAUGAAGUCUUCAACUGUUUGGAGCGAGUAUUCGAAUCUGAAAUGCAUGAUAUACAAGGAACGACGCGUCGAUAUCAGCAAAUUUCAUGGACUCAUUGCAUUUCUGAAACGAAACGGUGUCGGCCAUGUUGCGAAAAAAUCGAGCAUUUUGACGGGCGACGAUUUCAACAAGUUCAUCAUGGAGGCAGAUGACGAUAAAUUUUUAAUGAUGAAGGCGGCAUUAAUUAUCGGUAUCGGUGGAGGAUGUCGUCGGGCUGAAUCGGCAAAAAUGUCGGUGAAAGAUGUUGUUGAUCGCGGUGACUACUUGCAUGUUUACAUCGGGGACACAAAAAACUACGAUCCAAGAGAUUUCGCUAUCACAGAAGGCGGUUUGAGAUACAAUUUAUUGGGCAUCGUGCGAAAAUACAUGUUGUUACGAAAGUCACAUACGCCUCAUGAUCGAUUCUUUGUGUGUUACCGGAAUGGGCAGUGUACAACUCAGGCAGUUGGCAUCAAUACCGUUGGGGCGAUACCCAAACGAAUUGCUACGUUUUGCGGUUUGGAUGCACCAGCUUUGUACACAGGACAUUGUUUUCGACGGAGUUCAGCUACAUUGUUGGCUGAUGCUGGUGCGGAUCUUUAUGUCAUUAAACGACAGUUUGGUUGGCGAUCGGACAAAGUUGCAGCCGGAUAUGUGCAGUCAUCUGCAACAAGCAAACGCAAAAUUUCUGCACAAAUUUUCGGAGGUGUACCUUUUCAACGUUCUUCGUCGAGCAAUGCGAUGAGUGCUAUUCCAUCUACAAGCAACACCGCUAUUCCAUCUACAAGCAACACCGCUAUUCCAUCUACAAGCACCACCGCUAUUCCAUCUGCAAGCAACACCGUUUUUCCAUCUACAAGCACCACCGCUAUUCCAUCUGCAAGCAACACCGUUUUUCCAUCUACAAGUACCACUUCUCAUGACGUUGUCGCUAAUUUGGGUGAUUCAGCUCCCAAAGAAAUUAAUCUCAACAUCACCGGUUUAAGUGACGGUAUUUCUGCUGCGCUCAUCGAAAAUAUUGAUCGAGAGGAUGCACAUGGUGCUAGUUUCGCUUCAAAACAAAUUCGGAUGAUCGGAACUGCAUCCGAUUCCGAUACGACCGGCAAUACCAGCCGUACAAUGUCACAAUCAAUUACAAUAAUUGAGGGCGCAUCUGCUGGUGCAGAUUCUUCGGAUGCCUGUCCUUCCAAAUUUUACAAAAUCUGAAUUCAACAAUUGUACAUUCAAUUUUUAUCGUACGUUUCACGGCAAGCCUUUUUAAGGAUCAUUUACUUAACUUUCGCCUGUUAAUUUUGUAAUAUUCGAGAUAUUAUAAUCAAGAUUAUAAUGCAAUACUGGAAUUUCAUUAAAUGAAUGAAUAUUGAAACUGACUUGUCGACUACUCUUAUUGCCUUGUUCCAUUGAUCAAUGUUCACAAAAACAGUGCGAGAAAAAAAAUUUCUCGCACACCUGUCGGACGACAAACUCUUUUCUCGCACAUCUGUCGCAUUGUUAAAAAAAGUGGACUCUUAUGCUAUCGACUACUACGCUAGAAAGAGUUGAUUUCCGUCAUUUAGUUGCAAAAAGUAUUUUAAGUACCAAAGUAAUACAUUUUACGUGCUUCUGGUCGGUAAAUGCAAUUUUGUGAGUACAUUUUGCGCAUUUAUCGACCAUUUUUAUUUUACAGCCCUUCCCUUCGGGUCAGGCCAUAACUUCCCCACUCGUCAAAAUAAAAAUUUGGAACCUAGGACGUAAUGUACUAUUACUUCUUGUCAUAAUUUCUCUUCUGGUACGUCGCCCAAAAUACUUGACUCUAGCUCUUCGUAAACAGUAUCCUCAAUUGACUCAUAAAAAUAUUUUGAUUAUUCGCAUCGAAUGCAAUAAAUUCAACUUUUGUGUCGAUGUCGAAGCAUUAUUUACGUCUUUCUUUCAGAACUUAUUUUAGAAAAUUUUAAUUCUAAAUAAAUUCUGAAAUUUUGUUUGGGAUUUGUUUUUAGAAUUUUCUCAGUUUUUCAGAACUAAAAUUCUCUAAAAUAAACCCUGUCCUUUAGUUAGCUGUAAUAUUCGGUUAAGCUUUACUGACUAACUACGACCAAUUACUGUCUUGCUUCGAUAAUUAAAAUCCUUGCGAAUGACAUCUCUGACUAUUUGGACCAGGAGUAGGAUCGAAUCGCAUCCAUAUUAAUGCUGGGAUGUUUGCCACAGAUCUAC